CCCUCUCUUCAUUUUAUAAGAAAAUACAAAAUCAUCAAAUCUCUCUUAUUCUCUUUACGUCACCCAAAAAAAAACUUGGAUCCCAACAAUGGACCGACGUAACCCUUUCCACCAUCACCACCACCACCAUCCGCUUCAUCACUUGGUCCAACAGCAACAGCUUCCUCCGCCGCCGCAGAGCACUACGGUGGUGAUGGAUCCCGGCGGCGGAGGAGAGAGAAUCCCACAGUGGAGCAUAGAGGAAACAAAAGAGCUUUUGGGUAUUAGAGAAGAGCUUGAUCAGACUUUCAUGGAGACCAAACGUAAUAAGCUUCUUUGGGAAGUCGUCGCCGCUAAAAUGGCCGACAAGGGUUUUGUCCGGAGUGCAGAACAGUGUAAAAGCAAAUGGAAGAACCUCGUCACUAGAUACAAGGCAUGUGAAACGACUGAGCCAGAAGCUAUUAGGCAGGGCCAAUUCCCAUUCUACAACGAGAUCCAAUCGAUUUUCACAGCAAGAAUGCAAAGGAUGUUGUGGUCAGGAACCACAGAACCAAGCACUUCUUCGAAGAGAAAACAUCAGUUUUCAUCUGACGAAGAAGAAGAAGAAGAAGAAGACGUUGAGGAGCCAAACCAAGACAUCAAUGAGGAAUUAUUGUCUUUCGUAGAGACACACAAGAAAGAGUCAGAAGUGAUUACUACUAGUACUUCUACUAAUCCAAGGAAACGUGCGAAAAAAGGAAAAGGCGUCGCAUGUAGUACAAAAGCUGAAACCGCCGGUAGUACAUUGAAAGAAAUAUUGGAGGAGUUUAUGAGGCAAACGGUGAAGAUGGAGAAUGAAUGGAGAGAUGCAUGGGAGAUGAAGGAGAGAGAGAGGGAGAAGAGAGAGAAAGAGUGGCGGAGGAGAAUGGCGGAGCUAGAGGAGGAGAGAGCCGCGGCGGAGAGGAAGUGGAUGGAGAGAGAGGAAGAGAGACGAUUGAGAGAAGAAGCUAGGGCUCAGAAGAGAGAUACCCUCAUUGAUGCUUUGCUGAAUAAGCUUAAUAGAGAUCAUGAUGAUGAUGAUCACCAAGGCUUCUAAUUUUAAAAUAAUUUUAUUUAAGCAUGAGUUAAUUAGCUACUUGCUUAGUUAGUUAAAUCUCUUUUAAGUCAUAUCCAGUUAAUGUUUGUUUUAUUUAUAUAUGAAUAAUAAUUUUGAUAAUU